UUCAGCACCUAAAGGCAUCAUAAUUCUAAGCUGGAGGAAUCGGAAGAAAACUUGAGAAAGAACCAAAAACUGUUGAAGAGAACUCCGGAUUUAAGCACAGUCUCCUGUGACCUCUGACCUCCAUCAUGACGUCCACGUCCAUCACCAAAGUGGGAGGAGUCAUGGUCGUCACCCAGGUCAUCCCUCAGGAUGAGAAGGCCAUCCCGCUCCAGGAUCCUGCCGCCAGCCCUGCACGACCCCCGCCCUCAGCCACACUGGCCCCGCCCUCCCCCCCUCCAACCAAGAUGGACGACAUGACCGCCACCUUCCUGCGGGGGGAGCCACAGGGUCUGGGGAUAGUUCAGAUCAUCAUCGGCGUGCUGUGUGUUCUCUUCAGCCUGACCGCCAUCUUCUCCUCCAUCCUGCUGGGUCAUGCUCCGUUCUGCUUCGGUGUCACUUUUGUGGUCUCUGGAUCUCUGGCUUUGGCUGCAUCCAGACGGACUUCAGUCCCCAUGAUCCGCGCGUGUCUGACCUGGAACCUGAUCGGCCUUGUGUUCGGCGUGGCGGGAAUCGUCUACACGUCCUUCCAGCUGGCUGACCGCCCCCCCUCUGUUCGUCUCUGUGAAUCGUGCACCAGAGGGAUGUGGCUGCUGGAUAUGGUGGUGUACGGACUCCUCGGCCUCCUCAUGGUUCUGCUCGUCCUCCACGUGUGUGUCACCAUCACCGUCUGUGUUUUCUCUGUGAGAGCCCUCAGACACAGCAACAGCGACCCCCCCAUCAUAGUGACCGUCGAUGGUGGGAAAACACCGCUGCUCGCUGCAGCUUCACUGGCGGACAGCGAUGUCGCUCUGUUGGACAGCGAAGGCGAGGAACCGUGCUGUCGCCUUCAGACUCACCCUGAGGAGUGAGACUGGGAAAACAACGAGUCAUACUACAGUUAUACUGCAGUAAUACUACAGUUACACUUCAAUAAUACUAUAAUAAUGAUUAAAUGAUUAAACCAUGAUAAAAAACAA